AUGUCAGAAGAACAAACAGCACCUCAACAUACCCCACUGUAUGAACAACACCUAAAAGCGGGCGGCAAAAUGGUUGAUUUUGCUGGCUGGGAAAUGCCCAUCAACUAUGGCUCUCAAGUUCAAGAGCAUCACCAAGUCAGAAACGAUGCAGGCAUGUUCGACGUCUCUCACAUGGUGGUAUUAGACUUUGAAGGCUCCGGCAGCAAAGCUUUUCUUCAGCACCUACUUGCCAACGAUGUCGAUAAACUAAAGCUUCAAGGUAAAGCCCUUUAUAGCUGCAUGCUCAACGAAGACGCAGGCGUUAUCGAUGAUUUAAUCGUGUAUUACCUCGCGGACAACUUCUAUCGCAUGGUCAUUAAUGCGGCCACUCGCGACAACGAUAUCGCUUGGAUCAUCAGCAAAGUGGAAGGCUUCGACCUGCACAUUCGUGAGCGUGACGAUUUAGCUAUGAUCGCGGUUCAAGGCCCUAACGCACGUGCCAAAACCCUCUCCACUCUCGAUGACAAAGCCGCUGAACGGGUCGGUGAAUUAAAACCUUUCUUUGGCGUUCAAUUAGACAAUAUCUUUUUUGCACGUACUGGCUAUACAGGCGAAGACGGCUUUGAAAUCAUGGUUCCAAAUGCCAUUGUAGCAGGCUUGUGGGAUGUAUUGCUCGAAGCAGGCAUUCAACCCACCGGACUAGGAGCGCGUGAUACCUUACGCCUAGAAGCGGGUAUGAACCUAUACGGCACCGAUAUGGAUACGACGACAUCACCACUCGUUUCAGGAUUAAGCUGGACAAUCGCCCUCGCCCCCGAAGAACGUAGCUUCUUAGGUCGCUCGGCACUCGAAGCUGAAGUCGCUUUUGGCCCUAAAUCAAAGCUGGUUGGCCUCGUGCUAGAAGGCAAAGGCGUGUUGCGUAACCAUCAAAAAGUUAUCACCACAAGUGGUGAAGGUGAAAUCACCAGCGGUACCUUCUCCCCCACCUUAGGUGUAGCCAUUGCCAUGGCACGAGUCCCUACGGAUACUGGCGACAGCUGUCACGUAGAAAUACGCGGCAAACAACUACCUGCACGCGUCGUCAAGCUACCUUUUGUACGCAACGGUAAAUCUUGCCUUUAA